GCAAGUCGGUGACAACCCAGGAGAGCUCCGGGCGUUUCUGGCUCUUCGCGGCCCUGAACGCCAUGCGGCUGCCCUUCUGCAAGAAGUACGCCAUUGACGAUUUCGAGUUCUCGCAGAGCUACCUAUUCUUCUGGGAUAAGAUCGAGCGCUCCCACUACUGGCUGAACAAUAUCGUUGCCACCGCAAAACAGGGAGAGGAGUUGGACGGCCGGCUCGUCAACUUCUUAUUGAAGGACCCGAUAAACGACGGCGGGCAAUGGGACAUGAUCGUGAACCUGGUGAACAAAUAUGGCGUCAUGCCCAAGAAAUGCUUCCCUGAGUCCUUCAGCUCAAGGAAGAGUUUACAUAUGAACGCGCUCAUCAAAACCAAGCUUCGAGAAUUUGCAAAAGAGCUACGCGACUUAGUUGCCAAGAAGGCAACCGACGAAGAUAUCCAAGCCACCAUCAACAAACAGACCGCUGUCAUCUACCACAUUGUUGCCACUUGCUUAGGAACACCUCCAGAAAAAUUCACGUUCGACUACUACAAUAAGGAGAAAGCGUACAACACGCUUGGCAGCCUGACGCCUAAGGAGUUCUAUGACAAGCACGUCAGGCCGCUAUUUGAUGUCGACGAUAAGGUGUGCCUGGUGAGUGACCCGCGAGCGAGCAACCCGUUUGGAAGGUUGUUCACCCUACAGUGCCUCGGCAACGUGGUCGGCGGCCGCCAGACCGCUUAUAAUAACCAACCUAUCGAAACUCUCAUGCAAGUGGUGAAGGACAGUAUAGCGGGCGGCGAGGCGGUGUGGUUCGGGUGCGAGGUGAGCAAGCGAUUCGAGCGCAAGAACGGCCUCGAGGAUCUAGACGCGCAUGACUACAAACUGGUUUUCAACACGGAGGUGCAAAUAGGGCUGCAGAAGGCAGACCGACUCCACUAUGGCGACUCGUGUAUGACCCAUGCUAUGGUCUUCACCGCUGUGGGAACUGAUGAAAGCGGCAAGCCGACCAAGUUCAGAGUAGAGAACUCUUACAGCGACAAGGAAUAUGACAAAGGAUACCUUCUACUCACCGAGCCCUGGUUUAGAGAAUUCGUCUUCGAGGUGGUGGUAGACAAAAAGUAUGUCCCCGGAGAAGUGAUGGAGGUGUUCAAGCAGACCCCACAAGUCCUGCCUGCCUGGGACCCCAUGGGCACCCUGGCUUGCCCGCUGUGCUCUAAGGAAUAACUAGCUUGUACUGUGACCACACGUGGUUAGUUUAGCUGGCAAAUUAGAGGACAAGACUUUACUUUUACAUGUUUAUUACAGUGGAGUUCAUAAAUAUAUGUACAUUUGGGCCAUUUUUUUUUUCAAAGUUGUCUACCCCACUUUUGGAUUUGGCAAUUUUGUGGUUUCCACUCAGAAUCGCGAGCUCUUUCAAUACUAAUAGGAGAA